UCUAACGCACAUGACGUCAGUGGGCUUUAACUUCCGGGUGGAGUAAUGUUGACGCAAUCCGCUGUAAGCUAAUGAGAGAAGCGCAGCUCUUUUAAUUCUCUCUCCUCAGACGCUUUGAUGAGACAGAGCAGGUUUAGUGUGCUGAGUUCAUCGAGGUGAAUGCAGAAUGGCCAGCGCAGCGGCCGGCGAGAGCUCCGCUUCAUCAGCAGUGAAUGGACAGACAGCGGGAGAGAACGGCGGCGGCGGCGGAGCUCAAGACAGCACGUUUGAGUGCAACAUCUGUCUGGACACAUCCAAAGAUGCCGUCAUCAGUCUGUGCGGACAUCUCUUCUGCUGGCCUUGUUUGCAUCAGUGGCUGGAAACCAGGCCGAACAGACAGGUGUGUCCUGUUUGUAAGGCCGGCAUCAGUCGGGAUAAAGUGAUCCCGCUCUACGGCAGAGGCAGCACCGGCCAACAGGACCCCAGAGAGAGGACUCCUCCACGACCACAAGGACAGCGGCCAGAACCAGAGAACCGUGGCGGGUUUCAGGGCUUUGGCUUCGGCGAUGGAGGCUUCCAGAUGUCUUUCGGGAUUGGGGCUUUUCCUUUCGGGAUCUUCGCUACAGCGUUCAAUAUUAAUGACGGACGACCCCCUCCAGCAGCUCCAGGAACCCCUCAGCACGCCGAUGAGCAGUUCCUGUCUCGCCUCUUCCUGUUCGUGGCCCUCCUCAUCAUGUUCUGGCUGCUAAUCGCUUAAACGCUGAAGAACUGUACGCUGGUGUCGGAGGACUAACGGCUAACUAACCCUUCAGUAGUGCAGCACGGAAACAGCUCUUUUCUGUGAAAGAGAUGCAGCGCUUGCGUUGU